AUGCUAGCUUUCACUUCCAGUCAACCACGAUCAGUAGACAUUGGAUCUAUAUGGCAAAGGCCCAAAACUGUGCUGGAUCUAUCCACUCAAACAACUCCAAGAAGUUUCACACACGAUGAGACUCAAACAAAUUCGAAUUUACAUUCAUCUACUCAAACGGAUCUCCAACCAAAUCAACCACAAAACAUUCGUUUGGAUGUGCAUCAGCAGCAGAAACUGGUGGCGUUUUUGGAUAAAGCCGAACGGGAUGUUUCGUCUCAAUUAUUACGGAAUUUACAGUCUAGGGCUUUUGAUGGAUUCGAAGUCAAAUGGGAAGACGAUGUGGACACCAAUUCGAAACUGUAUGAAUUGUGUGAUCCACACAUGGAUGAAGAUUCAGAGGUUACGGGGCUGUCGUGGUCGCAUAGUGGGACUACUUUAGCUGCAUCAUAUGGACGACGAGAUCACGCUGCCUGGUGCACCCAUCAAGGCCGGAUCUCAACUUGGACUCUAUCGAGUCGGCGGGUCGUUACUGACAAGCCCACUUUCUCUGCUCAAGUUUCGACCUGUGUGAUGUGCAUCGCCUACCAUCCUGAACAACCCACGAUAAUAGCAGGUGGUACAUUCCACGGCCAAGUCAUAAUAUGGGACACAAACAAGACUGAGAAUCCAGUUAUUGGGACUUCUGGUGACGGUGAAUUGGCGCACCAUGAGUCAGUAUCGUAUGUUGCGUGGAUACCGUCUGCCAGAUCGAAUACGUAUGAUUUAUUAACGGCAUCGACAGAAGGAAAAAUCCUCAUAUACUCCUUCUCAAACGACUUGGCAUUCCCAGUCGCCGGAUCACGAAUCAUGUUGGCUAAUGUCGCUCGAGUGGAAAAAUCACUGAGUAAAGUAAAAGCGAACCUCCCUGUUGGAAUCACGGCGCUGGCGCUUCAGCAGACGGUUGGGAAUGCUGUUGAUACGGUUAUUGUUGGGACUGAGACUGGGUUUGUGCUGAAGUGUGGUGCUGCUGGGACGAGAAUAUCUGAUAAGAAUGAAGAUGCACCGCUCUCAAAUCCCAUAAUAUUUGGAUUCAAUUCACAUUUGGGACCAGUGAAUUCGAUAUCGUGCUCGCCGUUCCAUCGGAAUUUGUUCUUGACGUGUGGGAAUGAUCGUGAAGUGAGACUGUAUACUGCUCUACAGCCAAAUCCUAUUUUAACAUUCGAGCCUUCAUCCAUGGACUUGUCUUGCGCUGCAUGGUCGAACACACGGCCUGCUGUAUAUGCUGUUGGAUCUGCUGAUGGUCAUACGUACUUUUAUGAUUUGUCGAAAUCAACCACCACACCAACAUCAACCCUCCAACUCACACAACUGGACAAGAAACCCAAAACAAGGAUUACAUUUCUUGCAUUUUCAAACAAACCAUCAGAUAUGUUCGCAUCCGGUGAUGCGUCAGGACAUGUGCAUGUAUGGCAGCUGUCGUCUAAUCUUUCUCGUGAGGCGAUGGGAGAGAUGUGGACUUUGGAUUUGCUGUCUAGUCAAUAG